UUCCCCAUCCAACAAAAAUUCAUCCAUACCAAUCUAAAACAAGAACUUAGAAAUUUCACAAAGGGCAAAAAAUGGCAAAUGCAAGUGAUGAGUUCAGGCUAGUGUCACCAAACAUAAAUCAUGAAGGAAAAUUACCAAGAAAAUACACAGAUGAAGGUCAAGGUGCUCAAAAGAAAAUGUCACCACCAUUAGAAUGGUACAAUUUACCAGAAGGGACUAAGAGUUUGUCACUAGUGGUACAAGAUAUUGAUGCACCUGACCCAGAUGGACCUAUUGUACCAUGGGUUAUUUGGGUUGUGACAAAUAUUCCACCAACUUUAAAGGGUUUGCCUGAAGGAUUUUCUGGUAAAGGAGAGGAAUUAGGUGGAGAUUAUGCUCGUAUUAAAGAAGGGAAUAAUGACGAAAAAGUCCCUGGAUGGCAUGGACCUACAAUGCCAAGUCAUGGUCAUAGAUUUGAGUUUAGGCUUUUUGCUUUGGAUGAUGAGCUUAAUCUUGGAAACACGGUGACAAAGGAUAAGCUACUGGAAGCUGUUGAAGGUCAUGUUCUUGGAGAGGCUGUUUUAAUUGCCAUAUCUUGAAUGUAUAUAUAGCAGUUGCUAUUUUCCAGAUGAUAUUUUCAUGCCGUUUUAUGGCAUGAACUUGAACUAGCUAGUGUAAUAAACAGGAUAAUUAACCAGUGACAAGAGUUGUUCCUGCGUCUUUUUUUAUUUUUACUCGUAAAUUGUGUUUUAAUAAUGUCGUCUCAUAAUUCCGAGAAUUUGUAUACUGCUGUUUGAAUGUGUGAGAUAUGUUUUGGUUGUGUUGUUUC